UAGUAUGAAAAUCGAAUGAUCAUAAUUUUUACCUUUUUAACAAUGUUAUAUACAGAAGUGAAUAGGUUUGAAAACGUUACAUUGUCAGCAUUGCUAGAUAUAAGUCAAAUCUGAACAUCUUUUUCGAGUCGUAUUGAAAUUAAUAAGAUUUAGUGUCAACAAUAUCUAAUAUAGAUUCCUCAAGGAAUUGAAAAGAUCAUGCGAUGUGGCGGGGUGCUACUUCUGCUAAUUUUUAUAACGUGGGCUAGUAUUGGAUUGUACGUUGGAGGAGGAUAUUCCGGUCUUGCUGGAACAUUAAUUUUGUUUGAAAAGUAUGGACCCGUGGAAGGUCGAGGUAAUCCUGCAACAGAUCCGGAACCAGACAUGUGGGUGAAUCCAGAAACAAAUAAAUGGGAACCGAGAAACCCAAAUAAUCCAGGAAACAGAGUGCCUCAAGCAUUCAAGAUUUGCCAAUACUUCCUCGUUGCAUGGGCGAUAUUUAUGUUUAUUAACACAAUUGUGUUCAUCGUCGAUUCUAUGAGAAGUAGAAAGGCCAUUCAAAGUCGAAUAUACGUUGGGAGCCGAGUUGGGGAUUCUUCAAUUAGCUGUACGGCGUGGCUUACCGGAUACAGCGUCUUCCUUGCUAUAUUUUGGUUCAUUCAAGCAGGCUUCGCGGUUUUGCCUCUCGUUGAAUACAGAAUCACUAUGCAAAGAUGUUGGGAUUUGAAUAAUCCAUCGUUUUCUGUGGUCUCCGAUCAAAAUAUUUGUGUGGAUCUAGUGCAGUAUGGCUUAAUCAUGUUCCGAGAGACGAAUGAUGCCGGAUUCGCUCUUGUAUGUGGACCUGGAGGAAACUAUAAUCCUCAGAGAGGAGAUCUGAAAGGUUUUUGUGAUUCGUAUUAUCCUACGUUUGCUGCUUUCAUCGUCUGUUUUGCUGGAGCUUCAAUUGGAAUGAUUGCUAUGAUUCUUUUUGCGAUUCAUCACAGUACAAACUUUGCAUAUCUGAAAAUCAGACGAUAUGAGGGUCCAAUAGCCGAAGCUUAUUUACAAACUCCGAAAAAAUCAAUAGAAAGACCUCCUAGUCGACCAAGGAAAUCAGACCCUCCACGCAACCACCCUUCCAUGUCUGGACCUACAGGGUACAUGUACGACACUGAGGUCCCUGCUAGAUCGAAUGGAACGAAUAUGUACAAUCCUAAUUAUGAUUCUGGUAUCGCUGCAUCCGCCAGAGCAGCGCAGCCGAGACAGCCUGUCCCAGAAGUUAUGGCAUUUCAACGAUAUCACCCAGAUGAAGAAGAUGAAGCAAUAGAAAUGAGAACAAUGUCAAGAUAUAGUGACGAUGAAGAUCGACAUCCAGAAAAAGAGUCACAUAGAAGCUAUGAGGAACCAUCCCCUCCUCCAUAUAACCACGAUAGUGACGAACCAUCGGCAACACGUGACUCAAGGAAGCGCGGCAGAAGACGACACGGUCGUCGUCCUCGCCACACAGACAGAAAAAGAUCUCGCUCUAGAUCUGAAAAAUCAGGUGGUCGUAGCAGACACGAGAGAGCCUCAUCGGAUGAAAUGGAAAGCGUUGGGUAUUCCAGCUCGCACAGAACAGGGCGAGGACGCCAUCAUAACAGUGAAGAUGAUGAAAGGAGCGCUCGGCGUUCCACUGACGACGAACAUUAUUCCAGGUCUAGUAAAAGUAGAAAACGUAGAGAACAACCCACUAGAGCGGACAGUAGGGGAAAGUUAUAUGAGCAGGACGAAGAUUCUCCAGCCAGUGAUUAUUAUAUGAAUGAAGACAGAAGAAGGGGGAGAGCCGGUUAUUGAUUCCGAGCCAUAAAAGCAUGCCAAAAACUGACAAUAAAAUGAGUUGCAGUAAAUAACACUCUCAAUUUAGUUCGCACUGUUGACAGUAAACACUAUCGGAGUAAAUACCUGGAAUUUGCAAUUCAUUGGAUUUCCAACAGCCCGAGUUUCAUAAUUUCGCCUAAAAUAGGACCUGGUGGUUAAUUUCAUUUGGUUUCAAUAUACAUAGUUCUAUGUCCUAAUUUUUUAAGAGGUGUGCCACUGUUCAACCAUUGAUUUAUGACUUUAUAUAUGAUUUUAUACUUAAUAUAGAAAUCGCUUAUUUCGUAUCGCACAGAAGUACGUCUACAAACGAAUCCAGCUCCACCGUUCCCCUCUCACUCUAAAUGAAAAGUAUAUUCAGUCACAUACGGUGCGAUGGUUUAGUUCAUUCAGACUAGUUAUGAGCCUUUGUUCAUCCAAACAGUUUAUUAUUGUGUGGACUGAUAUAUUCAAAUAAUCUGAUAAAUUCUUCAAUGAACCAGUUGAUUCGUCUCAUUAAAUUAUGUGCGGAAAAAUUUGAGUAAAAUCCUCCUUUUUAUUAACUAUCAUGCCAGUAUUUACGUUUUUUAAAUAUAAUUACAGUACACUUAGAAAUUAAAAUAGUAAUUUAAGAAACAUACAAAAAAUUAUUCACCGUCAUAUUCGAUACAUUCAUAUAUUGUGAAAUUUAAAAAAAAAUUUAAAUACUUUGUUUCGCCAAUUUCAAUUAUCCUCGUUUGCAUAAAGCCACAAGUUUAGUUAUUAAUUAUACAGUAGGUACAAUUUGGCGCUGGAGGAAGAACGACUAAAUGAAUAACGCAUUUACGAUAUAUGCCACGCAAAAGACCAAUGUAUGGUCUUUCCUACUUUUUCGUUUCGAGAGUUCGAUGAAAAAAACUACCACAAGGUUUAGGCUCCUUACCACAAUCCGCCAAUUCCUACUUCCGUUUAUUUGUGUAUUAUACUAUUUUAAAACUCCCGAAAUCUUGAUAAACACUGAAUUAAUGAACAGUUUCUUUGGUUGAUUUUUCUAUGAAAAUGAUGGCGUUGGACUAAUGUUUAUAUCUUGUUAUAAAAAGGUAAUUCUGUUUAAUAUUUAAUUCUCUUGUUCUUGUUGUUUUAGAAAAGAACAAAAUUUAUUGCUUUUGCAAUUAUUGCAUUUUGUACUUUUGCGUUUUAUGUAUUCAGCGGUUCAGUGAAUGAUAAACUUGGAAUAGGAACUGGUAAAAAUGCCCAAAACAUUCGAAUUGUUUAGUCAAUAACUAAAGGACCGAGUAAUCAGAAUGCUGGAUGACAGUUCUGACCAUAUUUUACAUGUGAACAAUGGAGGAAACAACUCAUAUUAUGACAUAAUUGUCAGCUUUCAAAUUUUACAAAUAUCCAAAAUAACAAAUAUUAUAUUUAACGUGUAGGUACUAUUAAUUAUAAUCAGAUAAAUCUGUAUAUGUUUCAAUUUAAAUCGUUUGUUUCAGGUGCAAAACAAAACCAUAGUGCGCAUACUCUGUGUAUAUUUUCAAAUAUUAGUCUAAUUACUUGACUAUUGACUGUGUGAUUCAUUCUCAAUCAUUGUAAAAAUUUAAUUUAAUCAAUUUUAGUUUGAAAAAGAAUCGACUAAAAUUUAGUCUUAUUUAUAUUAUUUUCUUUCUUUCAAUUUUUUAAAUAUUUUUGAAUAAUCCAUUUUCAACGCAAACAUUCUUUGGUCAUUGAUCGGCCUCUGAUAAUUCUCGCUUUUGUAUUCUGGUGCACAUGCGGUCUUCUUUGAUCAUGUAUAUUCCUGCGAUAACCUUUUCCGAGGUUCUUUUAAUAAUUUCUUUUUUAGUAUAAUUUCAUAUCUAUAAUUUCACUUUUCUUGGUAAAUACACGAUCGCGGUCAAAA